CAUCGCACCUCCCUACCAGCCGGUGGCAGUGCUGCGCCAGCUUGUGACGUAGAAGUAGAAACCGAACAUGGCCAAGAUGGCGGCGUCCAUAGUGGAGACUGGAGAGGAUGCGUUCAGAAAGAUAUUCAAGUUGUACAAGCGAAGAAACCCUCCGCCGGAUUUCAGCGAUGUUAUUGAUUUUUCCAAGUGUGUGACGACUGACAAGAUAGUUCCAGUGAAACUAGAUCCAGCUGCAGUGAGCGAUGGCGAUGCUGCCAAGGUUGGAUUACGUCCUGUCAAAGACUGGAAAGCCUUCAACUUGCAAGGCUACCCAGGGUUCAUAUUCAUUACUAACCCGUUCCUUCGCGGCUCUCAGCUCUUCUGGGUUCGCCAGUGUUUGAAGAUUUACCCUCAGAAGCCAAAUGUCUGCAACCUGGACAUGCACAUGUCUCCCAUCGAUACCCAGGACAUCUGGGACAAGAGUGUACCCAACCUCAGACAUGGACAAAAGACACUCCAACCACAAUAUGCAAUUGCAACACGAAAACACGCCACAAGCCGCCGGCCCGGAAACGCACACGGAGUCAAGAUCGCGCUUUUGGAGUCAUCAAAGUCGACAGAAAGAGCUACGUCUGUAACUUGCAGAGGCAGUAGUCCUUCUGUUGGAAAGAGAGAGCCCAGAACUCUUCUGGAGAGGCUGCGCUGGGUCACCUUGGGCUAUCAUUACAACUGGACCAGCAAGACUUACUCUGCAAAUCACUGUACUCCGUUCCCAACUGAGCUCCACCUCCUGUCUUACCAAAUAGCAACCGCCUGUGGCUUCCCAGGCUUCAUUGCACAGGCUGGAAUCCUCAACUACUACAAGUCGGAUUCCUCUUUGGGAAUCCACGUGGAUGAAUCCGAGUUAGAUCAUAGCCGCCCGCUGCUGUCUUUCAGUUUUGGCCAGUCAGCAAUCUUCCUCCUGGGUGGCACCCACCGACAGGACACUCCCACCGCCAUGUACAUGCACAGCGGAGAUCUGAUGGUCAUGUCGGGGCAGAGUCGCCUCUUUUACCACGCCGUGCCUCGCAUUGUUCCAACACACCGGAAAGUGGAAGCGCUCGAGACCGAUCGGUGCGGCUGGCACUCCGGCUGGCAGGGCGGCGCUGUUGUGGAGCAGGUGUCAGAGGAGGACUGGGCUGUGUGUGCCAGGUACAUCCACAGUUCCAGAAUCAACAUGACUGUCAGACAGGUUCUGGGGGAGGGGCAGAGCUUCCCAGAGACGCCUCCUCUUCCAGGCCAUCCAGAGGUGCGCCAAGAAGAUGACGAAGACCGUAUGAAGAGGAGACGGAAAAGUGACUCAUUUAAUAUUAAAAACACAUAAUGUAGACCAGUCUAGGACUUUUUAGAAUACUGUUUACAAAACGUUUUUUUUUUUUUUUUUUUUUUUUGCUUUCAAAACACACAGGUGUAAUUUUUCCAUAGCCCAUGAAGGAAUAUUUUGGUCACAUUGAAUAGAUUUUUUUUUUUUAAAUAUACAAUAAAUACCGGAAUUACAGUGUCACCAGAAAGUAUUCACACCCCUUCACUUUUUCCACAUUUUGCUGUUACAGACUUAUUCUAAAGCUGAUUUGAGUAUACUUUUUAAAAAGUCUACAUAAAUGAUCCCAUAAUGACAAAGUAAACAUUGCAGACCGUUGUGCAAAUCUCUUGAAAAUAUAAACAUUGAAACGUAAUAGGUACAUAAGUAUUCACACCCUUGGCUUAAUCUUUUGUUGAAGCAUCUUUGGCAGCAAUCACAGCCUCUUCUUUUGGGUUUGUCUCUAUGAGCUUGACGCACCGGUUUUGGGGCAUUUUCUCCCAUUCUUCUCUGCAGAUGCUCAUAAGGUCACUCGGGUUGGAGGGGUAGCGUGGUGGGACAGCCGUUUUUAGAGCUUUCCAGAGAUGUUCGUUUACCUGGGCCACUCAAGGAUAUUCACAGGCUGCUCAUGAAGCCACUCCUUUGUUAUUUUGAAUGUGUGCUUUGGGUCAUUGUUUUGUUGGAAGGUGAAUUGACACCCUUGUCUGAGUUUCAGAGCACUUUGGAGCAAGUUCUCUUGAAGAAUUUCUCUAUAUUUGGCAGCUGUCACCUUACCUUUCUAUGCGGACUAGUCGCCCAGUUCCUGCAGCAAAAAAAAAAAACAAGCCCCACAGUUGGGGCUGCCAACGUUAGAUGCUGCCACCAGCAUGCUUCACAGUAGGGAUGGUGUUUGCCAGGUGAUGAGCAUUGCUGCUGCUUCUCCAGAUAUGAUGCUUGCAAUUCAGGCCAAAAAGUUCUGUUUUGGUUUCAUCAGACUGUUUUUUUUCCUGCAGGUCUGAGAAUCCUUAAGGUGCCUUUUGGCAAAUUCCAAGCGGGCUGCCAUGUGCUUUUUAGUGAGAAGUGGCUUCUGUCUGGCCAUUCUUAUCAUAAAGGCCUGAUUGGUGGAGUGGCUUAGCAAUGGCUGACUUUCUGGAUGGUUCUCCUAUCGCCGCAAGGGAACACUGGAGCUCCGCCUUAGUGACCAUAGGAUUCACCUUUCUGAUCAAGGCGCCAGAUCUAGGAAGGGUCCUUGUGGUUCCAAACGUCUUCUGUUUUCGAAUAAUCAAGACCAGAGUGCUUUUCGGGACCUUCAAUGCUGCUGAAAUUCUUUUGUAUCCUUCCCCAUAUUUGUACCUUGACACAAUCAGGUCUCGGAGGUCUGUCGACUUCAUUGCUUGGUUUCUGCUCUGAUAUUCUCUGCCAACUAUGAGACCUUAUACAGACAGGUGUGUGCCUUUCCAAAUGAUGUUCAAUCAGCUGAAUUUACCACAGGUGGACUCCAUUCAAGUUUUACAAGCAUCUCAAGGAUGAUCAAUGGAAAUCAGAUGGACCUGGGCUUAAGUUUGAGUGUUAUAGCAAAGGAUUUGAAUACUUAUGUACCUAUUGUUUGAAUGUUUACAUUUUUUUUUAUAAAUUUACACAAAUGUCUGAAAAUAUACUUUUACUUUGUCAU